CACAGCUAAUGAGAAUAAACCUACCUUACCUAUUUUCAAUUUUAACUAGCUUCUAUUUCAUAAUUCAUAUAACGGUUGCACCGUUCCUCAACGGAAAAAAAUUACUGCGAGCCUUCAUUAGGCACAUAUCCUAUACUUAACCUAAGAAGUGCCUAUUAGCUGUUGUGGACUUCAAAUUGGCUAUAUUUAUUGAAUUUAGAUUGUUUAAAAUCGGCUUCCUUUCAGAAGACUGCUCUUUCAGAAGCUCUAAAGAAAAAUGCUCGCAAUCGUCGUGAAUCCAUUUGUUUGAGUCGAAGAAAAGUUCUUCUCUACUAAUCUAAAAUUAGAAACAAACACUGGUAAUAGUGAUAAUAUAAUAGUAAUGACAUCCCCAUAUAGUUUGAUUAUGCCCUAGUCCCUCAAGGCAUCAAAACUAUAGUUCAAUAAUUUGGUUUUGUUUGACUAGCCUACUAAUAGAACUGGAUAAGUAAAGAUAAUAGUGGUAACAAACAGUGAGCUCUAAACAAGGAGAAAAACGGAAAUAUAGAGUAAAUAGCAUAAAGUGAAUCGAAAUAAUUUGUGUGACGUCUUCCGUCUUUGUACAGUUCUUGUUUCAGUAUGCAAUUUGUGAACCCGCUGCUUUGAUGAUUUACAUAGAUAGAGGUAGGAUGUAGUCAAGGAAUUAUCUGCAUGAACUCUGAUUGGCAAUGACAACUAACGUGGAAUAGGCCAAAAUAAGUUUAAAACGACGAUUGAAAAAGAAGGUUAGCAAAAAGAUCAGUAGGUGAGAUAAAUAGCAGUCAUUUCUUUUUUAAUCCUAUGUGCUAGAUUAGCAUUAGAUGGGUGUCUCUUUAUCUCAUUCCCUUUAAGAAUCGAAUUCGUCAGUUCUCUGCAGCACUAUUACAAGACUAGCUGAAGCGUCGCUAGCGAUGAUGCAGUGAGGAAGCCUUUCUGCUUUGGCGCCGGACGGUACCGGACAACGAGAAGCUUACGCACUGGCUUGUUUGGUGGACUUGAGAAGCAGCGAUCCUGAUGGUUGCUGCCUGCAGCGGGUGUCGCAACCAGCCAGAUGUAUGCCUUUUCUGUGUAGCUACCUUCCGCUGGAAAUUGUGUCCUAAUCGAUCGAAAGGUAAAAUCCAGGUAGCCACAUUAAGGCAAUCGCGAAAAGCCUGAACCGUCUGAAUUACGAGCCUCAUUGACCAUCACCGUGAAAUCGAUGUACAGUGGUAGCUAAUUAUUGUACUCGAGAAGCCGUUAACGAAGAAUCUGCAACAUUCGAGUUGUACCGAAACAGGAUUUAAAUGGAUAAUUCUUUUGUGGAAAACCUUGCAUUGUUCUUCGCUGACGUUUCCCUCGUGAAGAAACAGGUACGGAAAGUUAACACGCCCUAUGGAGAGUUUACUGUAACAAUUGUUGGAGAUUCCAGAUCUGCCAUCUUAGUAACAGUGCACGACAUUGCCCUCAAUCACAAUAGCAAUUUUCAUCAAUUUUUCAACGAGCCAGAUAUGCGAAUCUUAAUGAACAACUUUUGUAUCGUUCAUAUAGAUAUGCCAGGUCAAGAGAGCGGUGCUAAGGCACUUCCGGAAGGUCCGAGUACGUAUCCCACAAUGACGGAACUUGUUUCUGGAGUCAAAUAUGUCUUAGCGCAGCACGGCAUUUCAUAUUUUAUGGGACUUGGUUACGGAGCCGGGGCAUUUGUGCUCAGCUUACUAGCCCUCGAGAAUCCCGAACUUGUGUCAGGACUUGUGCUCAUCAACGCAAACUCCGAGGCAGCGUCUUGGGCAGACCAAGCAUAUAUUCGAACCUAUACAACCCUUCUGACGGCCAGUGGCUUCAAUCGCGGAGUGCAGGAGUACUUACGUUGGUACCACUGUGGACGAGAUGGAGUUGGUUUGCCGAACGUUCUUCAACGAUUCGAAGAGCGUAUUUUGAACCAGAACCCAAGAAAUCUUUCUGGUUGGAUGGAGGCCUAUAGCAAAAGACCCUCCCUUGGACUGCAGCGGCGGACCAGUUGUCUGGAAACUGACAAGCGAAAUUUUCGCUGCCCUGUUUUGCUUGCCGUAGGGCAAGAAUCUCCUCAUCUUGAGGAGACCAGACGGAUGUUUAGCCAAUGCGACCCUGACGUAGUUAGUAUUCUAGAAUUAGCGCAUUGCCGAGCGCCUCUCGAUGAAUGUCCUGUCAAGGUGCUUGAAGCAAUGCUUUCUGUAAUGCGAAGUGUGGGAUACCGUCUGGUAAAAUUACCAGAACCUGUGAACUUUUGAUAUGAAGCUUCAUUGUCACUGGACCGCUCAUGCUAUGUUAAAACAGAAAAAAAAAAAAAAAAAAAAAAGUUCUUUUUAUAGCCGAUCCUCAGUUUGGAGUACCUCUUUGCACAGCACCGCUCCGGAAAGUACCGGGCGUACAGGCUUUCGAUACUUUGAUUUACGCACUGCCAGCAAAUGUGCGUCCCUGUGUUACUGGUUUUCCAAUUCGGUGCUGUCGAGAUACUGUCUUUGAAAAAAAAAAA